AUGCCAGGACCCUAUGUACCGCCAGGUCAAUCGCCGCCAUUCCAGGUGGUAGAUGACCUGCAUCAUGGAGCGUGGGUUAUUAUCGUCACUGCCCUGGGGCUUGUUCUGUCGCUGGCCAGCUUCUUGAUUCGGCUUUACGUACGGCUGGCUCUUAACCCUUCGUUUGGGAAUGACGACUAUGUCUUCCUAGGAGCAAUGGUCACCGCCGUCAUCCAAGCAUCAUUACUGUUCGAGGCGUGUUCGAAAGGGCUGGGAACGUCGAUUGAUUUACUUGAGCAGAGCAAAGUAAACAGCGUUCAAAAUCUCUUGGUCGCCAGUGACGUCUUCUACCUCAUCGCCCUAUACAUCACCAAAUGCUGCGUUGUGGGAAUCUAUCUUCGUCUUACCCCCCAAAAAGUACACAACCAAGCAUCCUGGGGGACCUUAAUACUCUGCACCCUCUGGGUGAUACCGGCAAUCUUCAUUCUCACAGUGAACUGCGGCUUGAAUCGACCCUGGACAACCUCUGGAGGACAAUGCGAAAACUUGCUAUCACGAUGGCAAUUUAUCGUCGCCCUGGACAUCACUACUGAACUGAUCCUCUUCAGCCUCUCCCUCUAUCUCCUCGCCGGUCUCAUGAUGUCCAUGAAGCGCAAAUUAACAAUCGCCUUCGCCUUCGCCUUUCGACUUCCAACAAUUAUCUUCGCCAUCCUCCACAUCUACUACAUCCACAAAAACAUGGGCUCGGGCGACCCAACUCUCGAUCCCGUCAACCCCCUAAUAUGGGCCCAGGUAGAACUCUUCUACGCCCUAAUCGCAUGCAGCAUCUUCUGCAUGCGGCCGUUCAUGACAGCCGUGAGCACGAACUACGGAACCGCAGGCGACUCCACGCUGGAAAGCAGUAGUCGGGAAGCAUCGAAGUACUAUAAUAAAUCGUCGGCGUCGAAGUCCGGUGGGUCAAGGGCUAGAGGGGCAAGGCUGAUUGGGAACGAGACGGUGACGUCUGGGUUUGGCGGGUUGCUUAGUACUGUUAGUGCCAGCGGUGGUGGUGUAAAGGGAACGGGGACACAGGCGAGGAGUGUACCAUCUCGAGCGACGGAUGAGAUUGAGCUUGCGGAUCAGAGGAGUAUGGGGAGUGAUGGGAGCGCCAAGAUGAUUAUUCGGAAAGAUGUGCAGUAUACUGUUGAGUAUGAUGGGUUAGAAUCGCCGGCUGCCAACUCGCAUAACGAGACGGGGUACUGGGAUGGGCAUCGAAAUUGA